AUGAAAGGUUUUCAGAAUUCUUACACUACUCCGUCCAUGGAUAAAAGGCUUUUGUCACAUCAUGCUUCGGAGGUUGAAAUGAACAUUGCAAAGUUAGAACAUCAUCAUCCGGUGGUGCCAUCCGACCGAUGGUCUAAUAUGAGCAGUGGGAUCACAACUCAUCAAUGGAGUGGCAAUGUAGCUGAUGUGGAGUGUGUUGCUAGGUGCUCUUCUGUGGUUCCUGAUAAAUGGUGUGGAAACAGGAUUUCUCUGAAGGAGAUUGAGGCUGUUACAGAUGGAUUUGCUGAUAAGAAUCUGAUUGGAAGUGGAGAUUAUAGCGUUGAAUAUCGCGGCAUGCUGUUGGAUACUAAUAGAGUGACUGUAAAGAGGCUACUAAGUAACAGUUGCCAAGCUGAGGACUUUAUAGCAGAAGUGGAAGUGAUGAGGCAUGUUAGGCACAAAAAUUUAGUCAGAUUGCUUGGAUACUGUAUGGAAGACGGUUACAGAAUUCUUGUGAGUGAGUAUGUUGAUAAUGGGAAUCUGCAUCAAUGGCUAUAUGGAUGUUCUGAACAAGUCAGCCCUCUAACGUGGGCUAUGCGGAUGAACAUCAUCCAGGGAAUAGCUAAAGGAUAUUUAGCCCGCGAACAUGAAUCUAUUGGGGUUCUGAAUGAAAAGAGUGAUGUUUACAGCUUUGGAAUACUUGUCAUGGAGAUUAUAUGUGCUAGAGUUCCUGUAGAUCACAAUCAGACUCAAGUAUACUUGGUUGACUGGUUAAAGUCCCUGAUUGCUAAUAAACAAAUCAUGUUUGUGGUGGAUCCUAAAUUGCCAGAAAUGCCACCAUCCAAGGAACUAAAACGAAUACUUCUGCUCGCUCUUCGCUGUGUUGAUCGUGAUAUAAAGCAUAGGCCUACCAUGGGAGAUGUGAUCCACAUGCUCGAGCCUCGCGACUUAUUGCUUGAUGCUGAUCGUCGAACUAGGAGAGAUGGCUCAGCUCGUCGGAAAAACCAGCAAGAGAGUCACACUGUUGCCAAAUUUAGUGAAGGUGAUUUUAGUACACACGAGAAAGAAAGCAACAUUAAUCUCUACCAGAAAAUCAUGCAGAUGUAA